AUGUUCCUCUUUGCCACCAAAACCAAGACCCCCAUCAGCACCUACACCGACUCCUACCGGCCUCCGAACACCAUGAAGAAGGCCUUUGAGGAAGCGCCGAUGACCCUCUGGAGCGAGAAUAAGUUUGUGACCCAGCCUCACAGCAGCUGGUCAGCUAUUAAAUCUUCAAAAUCCACUCUGUCUUCCGGAUUUGACCGGCUUCCGAAAAGUUGCAACAUCAACAUGCCUGGUCUAAGGUUCCAGCCCUCAAGAUAUUUUGAUGGCUUGUUCCUGCUGCUGGAACGGGAAGUCGUGGUCAACAUGUUGAAUAGCUUGUCUCGGAAGCAGCUUCCGUAUGUCCGGCAUCAGUACCCCAUCCCAGGCCGGAUGCCCUACCAAGGCUACUAUAGCCCUUGCACCGACCGCCAUUACUGCUUGCGUGGAAUGGACUACUACGUGGACGGAGCCCCCAGCACCGAGAGGCAGAUUAGCCAGCUAGUUGAGAAGAUUGUAAGGAGUUUCCCAUACUACGACCACCAGGUGGACAUGAUGCUCUGUGCACGUUUGCCAAGCCUGCCUCCAUCUUUCCCGUAUAUGAACCUUAAGUGGGACACAAGUCAUUUUAAGAGGUCUGGAGGGCUGGAGAGGGACAGCUAUAUCAUUCACCCUGAGUUCGUUUCAGAGGCUUAUCCCACUCCGCCAUGUUGGUAUUAA